AUGGAGAUGCAGACUGCCCUUCUGUUGGUCUGCAUGUGCAGGACCAUCUUCGCUCUACCGCUCCAGAUUGGGAUUCUUGCAAGCAACAGCAAUGAGAUCCUGAGGCUGAAUGGACUGACUCUUGCUGCACUCGGACAAGCUCAGGCCUCUUCUUUGCUGCCGCAGUUCGUCCUGCAGCAGCAGCAGCCAGAUGUUCUCCUCACCCCGCAGAUGGUCAACCUCAACCCUCAGUUGGGAAGCCUCAACCCACAGUUGGGAAGCCCCUUCAACCCCCAGGGGCCUCAGCUGUUGCUUCCCAACCAGGGGAACCAGCUGACCCCCGUCAUGGUCCCCAACGGCCAGCAGGAGCAGCUCAACCCUCCACAGGACCCCAACAAUCCGAACGGUCCACAGGUGGCUCAAAACCCAGUGCAGAUGUUCCCACAGUUCCAGUACCCUGCUUUUGGAUAUCCUCAGAUGCAUCGACAGCAGGGCUUCAAUUACUUCGUUCCUUCUUACGGAUUCCCGCCGCAGAGGAACAACGCCGUCCUGCAGCCCAACAACGCUCAACAGAACCCCGAGAAGACCACGCAGAGACCACAGCUCCCUCUGCAGCAAGCGUCUGUGCCGAAGGUCCCAGCAGAAAAGACGUGGCCCAACGCGGGGACUCGGAAAGAGUCGACCACGAUCCCCCCAGUUCCCCGAGGGGACACCACUGGACCAGGAGGAGAUGAGGGUAAUACCAACUUCCCUUUCCUGUUCGAGCCUUGA